AUGUCCAGAGUUUUAGACCGUCAGAGACAUGGAGGCGAGCAGAAUACAUGGUGUUACGGCGGUGAGGGCCCGCGCUUUGUAUUGCAAGCUCCACCGCUUUUGAAAUUGGGGCAACUACAAACACCUACACUUCCAGAUCCUUUGAACCCAUUUCUUGGCAGUAGCUACAGUGGCUACCCUCAAACACGCACCUUUGCAAUAGGGCAGCCCUUUGUGCCGCAGCCAGUGCCUUUCUUCCAACCAGUGCCAUCCUUUGACCUUGGAAACACAGAACCGCGGCCUUCCAACAGCCCGAGUGGCGCGAGUGGCCCUUCUGGUCCAAGUGCCCCUUCAGCCGCACGUCGUUCACUUAGUGCUGGUGGAAACUUCGCCCCAAGAUCCACAAGUGUUCCAAGGCUUCACACGAAUCCGAAGAUGCACUUCAGUGUUCCUUCGCUAGCUUCGCUCUCUCCUCCGUAUCCACCAGCGCUGACUGCUCCGCAAGCUCUUCUUAUGGCACCACCUGGGCCCCCUGCUUGGCAACCCAACCUUUGUGCCGGUGCACUGUCUGUUCCUACACCUAGCAGAGCUCGAAGGGAUUCUGAGACACCUGGAAUCGAUGUCGAGGGUCAAGAUGCAAGGGAGAAAACAGAGAAAGUGCCCAAUAGCGGACACUUCUUACCCGCCAGCAGCUUUUCUUUGGGUGAGAUGCAGCCAAAAAUGCAAGUAAGACCUCCUGCAGAUGCAAUGCAAAUCCAGAUGGAGCAAAUGCACAUGCAGAGACUCUACCUGCAGCGGCAGCAAGAGAUUCAGCAAAGGAAUCAAUGGAUCUUGGCGAACAAAGCUUCCCAAGAGGCUCAACAGAUCUACAGAGGUUCCGAACAUCGGCCUUUGACAGAAAGACCAGGCUCCAUAACAGAAAGACAAGAAAGACCCAGAACGAGGUGGCAGCUUGUGGAAGACCCAGCCGUACAGGCCGUACAGACAGAGCGCGGCAAGAAUGACAAGAGUGAGGCUCCAAGGCCGACAAUAGAGGUGAUGAAGUCUCAAGAGGCUUUUUCAGCGCGUAGUGCGAAGAUGAACUGUCAUGGUCGGGCUGAUUUGAUGCAGCAGAAGGAUUCUGCAGAGACCGUGGCUGGCACAACCGGAUCAGGAGGCUCUUUGCGGUCCAGUGCCAGCUGUGGAGCAUCAGAUCACACUGCAUCAAGGCAUCGAAUCUUGGUGACCGGCGCCACGGGCUUGCUUGGGCGUCAAGUCAUGCAAGGCCUUGGUAACACCUGGGAGGUCCUUGGAGUGUGCAAACGCAGAGCUUUGCCUCCACGAAUCAUAGCUUGUGACCUCACCCAAGAGAAAGCGCUGUGGAGCCUCAUGGAGCACUUCCGACCAGAGGUGGUGCUCCACCUUGCUGGAGAGUGGUGCCCCGAAGCGCUGCGGCAAGCACCGGACCAAGUCCGCAGGCUAAACGUGGAUGCUGCAGGCGCAGUAGCAGCUGCUUGCGAAAAGUUCAAAGCAUGGCUGGUCCACAUGAGUGCAGAUUGUGUUUUCGAUGGGACAGAACCUCCCUACUCCGUGGAGUCCAGAGCAAACCCGCUCAGUGAGUACGGUUGGCAUAAACUCCAUAGCGAACAGUUGGUGCAAGCUGCAUGUCCAAAAGCGGCGAUUCUUCGGGUGCCAUUGCUCUACGGUCCAGUCGAGUCACCAUUGGACUCUGCUGUCACUAGCCUGUACACAGAUCUUCAAAAUGACAUUCGUGAAGUGGACGCGUGGCAGCGCUGCUAUCCAACUUGGGCAGGAGAUGUAGCCAAUGUCCUGAAGGUAAUGACCGAGAUGCAUUUCUCUGGAGAGCGAAUUCAAGGCAUCUACCACUGGCAAGGGAAUGAGCAGUUCACCUGGCAUGAGAUGAUGUUGCUUGUUGCAGAAACAUCUGGGCUGGAUGCGUCCUGCAUUUCUGCAGUGCACAGCCCACCUGCGACACCGCUUCCGCGUGAUACCAGGCAGCUUCCUGAGACAUUGCACGACUGUCACUGUUUUCGAUUUUUAUUCAUGAGAGAUUUCAUCCUAGCUCUCAGAGUCAGUGAGCCUCGUAGGCAUGAAUGA